GCUGCCUGCCCCUCCCUCACCUGAGAGGAAAGCCUUUUCACGUGACGCCUCAGUUUCUUUUCGAUUUCCGCAAUUCGACCUUGUUGCCAACCGCAACCGCAACCGCAGCUUGGAAUGGAGGACGACAGGAUAGGCCUGGUUUUGGCCAAAACUGCGGAGUUGAGGUCGAGGAUUGUCAGUAGCAUCCGCAAAUCAACGGAUGAGUUAGGAGGGAAGGCAAGCGAGUCGAAGGAAUUACAAGUAGGGACGCCUGUGGAAAACCGGGAAGACGACGAAACCGAGAGUCUUAUCAAUGUUAAGGACGCUCUUGAAUCCAUCGAAGGACUGCUCUCUUCUCUGCAGGAUCUUCAGCAACGACAAUGGUGUGCCAAGGAAUCUGCCUUGGUCGAGAUCGAGUACAGCCGCAAGAAGCUGCUCAACGAGCUGAAGGAAUACAAAGGCAAGGAUUCAGAAGUCAUACGUGAGGCAAUUGCAUUUGCAGGCGAAACAGAGGAUAGCAGCAGCGAUCUGAUUCUUCCACCAUAUCCCACCCGACCUCACCUGGACAACGUAUAUCCCCCAGCUCUUCCUUCCACAGAUAAAUUCGCCCAAAAUGGAGAUACAGGUAGUCCUCAUGAAUCUGAGGAAAGGGGGGGCGUGUUUAAAUGGGUGAAGGCCAUGAUAGGUGCUGCAGCAAAAACAUCAUUGACUGUAGUCGGGAUUGUUGCCAUCUUGAGUUUGUCGGGAUUUGAGCUGAGGCUGAGGAGACCGGAUAAUCGAUUCGAGCUUUCACAAGUAUUGAAAGUGCAAGGAAAUGGAAAUGAUGAGAAGGAAGCUCCACAUGAGUGCCCGCCCGGGAAAGUUGCGGUGGUGGAAAAUGAUGAAGUACGCUGUGUUGUCAAGGAAAGAGUCGAAAUCCCUUUCGACUGUGUGGAUGCUACUCCUAAUGUGAGGUAUGGUUUAGGAUGAAUUUGAAAAUAGAUAACGCACGUUACUACUACAUGCAUAUAUACAUUUUGUUGCGAGUAAGAUGGUAUGGUAAUUUGUUUGGAAGAUGGUACAGUACUGUAUUGUUGCCUUAGGCUGGUCCAGAUUAUUGGGUUGGGAAAAUUUGAUCGGCA